UAUUUGCCAUUGAUAAUUGUAGACCAAGAAAGUAGUAUAUUCACAUCAUCUUUGUUAAUGAAUCAAUGACUUUAAUUGUGUUUUAUAGUUUCUUUUCCCAUAGUUUAGUGAUUCCAUUUGAUUGAUUUAUUAAAUAGUUAAGAGUUCAACUGAACUAGAUAAUUCAUAAUUUACCAACCAUAAGACUUAAUUGCUGUCCGACUUGUAUAACUGAAAAAACAUUGAAGAAGAUUCCAUUGGACAACAUGAAGUAGGCUAAAAGAUCUCAAAAAGGAACACCUAAUGAUCUAAAGAAAGCCAAGAGCAGGUGAGAAAUAAUGUUAAAGCCAUUUCUAAGGUGCUGGGACUGCAUUGAAGCACAGUGAGAGCCAUUAGCCACAGAUGGAGAAAACAUGGGGCAGUGGUGAAGCGACUAUAACAAGGAAAGCAAUGUAAAUAAUCUUUUCUUUAAAAAAAAUAACACAACUUUGAGUUAAAGGGAAAACUCUGAAGGCUCUAAAUGGGGUAAAAGAGGGUGAAUUGAUUUAUAACUAAAACAGAAAAGACAUUCCCCACUCUCAUCCAGUCACCAGCCACUUUAAACACUUUAACCAUAUUCCCAAUGUCCUACAAUUAAAACCCUUUCACUCUAGAACAGACCUCACUUUAGUUAACAUCUCACAGCACAAGGUAAACCAAAUAAAUUUACCAAUUUAUUCUCUGCUUAUCAAGGGUGCCGUGGAACCAGCAAUAAUCUUGGCAGCAGACAGUCAAUAGCAGCAAAAUAAACUAAGGGAGAGAAGAAAUCACCUGUGUAGACACUGCUGCAUAUUUUUACUGGGUUUUUCUUUUUUGUCUUUUAUUAUUAUUAUUUUAGAAUAUGGUCCUCCCUGUCAAACAGAGUAAUCCCUGCACCUCGACAGCAGAAACCCUUCCUCCUAGAAAACUUAAAGGAGAAGCUCAAGAAAGUUGCCUUCUGCCGCUGAACCACUUCUGGUACAUGAGUCACAUCUACAAGGAAGGAAUUAAACAGAUUGAGAGGAAGAAUAAAAUUAAAAUGGUGGCACAGGUCCAUGUGACAUUUGAAGCUGAACAGGAAGAUGGAAACCCCCAUGAAGCUCUCAAUGAGUUCAUUGAUCUCUCACAGAGCUGCUCUGCUGAUUCAGGUGAGGCAGUGAUUCCUCUCAAGUUUGUAGAUCCAGAUCAUUGGAGUGAUGCAUUAAAAGUCAUCAAGAGAAACAAGGACAAACUUUUGCUCACCAUGUCAUCUGAAGAGGUUAUUGUUAGUGGUCCAAAACAAAGCCAAGAUGAAUUCAGUGCAGUCCUGAAUGCGAUGCAGAAGACAAACACACCUGCUGAAGAGCACAAACCUACAUCAGAUGGUACAUCACUGAAGAUAAACUUGACAACCAGCCAACUGACAAAAUCUCCAACAGUGGAAGACAAUAAGCAACUGGAGAACAGCGAAGGAAAACAGGAGGGAACAACCAACCAACAGACAAAGUCACCAACAGUGGAAAACAACAGCGAACCGGUUAUUACUUCUGUUGAAGAUGCUAAUGUCAAAGCUAAAUCUGAUCUGAAUGUUGAAUCCAGCAACAGUAAAAACAAACAAUCCCUCCAAACAUGUAGGGCCAAACCUUCCCUCAGAAACCUCUUGCUGAAAAAGAAGCCUAUCGCACGUCGCCUGCGCCUAACCCGACCUAGUGAUACCACUGGGUUGGGUGGCUUGCCAAAGAAAUCCAGCUGUGAGAAUGAGAGGAAAGAGGACUCCAGUCAACCUUCACUGAUCCCACCAACAGCACAGCAAAAGGCUGAAGCAUCAACUAAGACAGGAGCAUCAGGGGACAGUAAAGAUGAUCUCUGCCCAAUAUGCUUGGAUCGGUUGAUCAAAAAGAAACAACUAAAGUGUAAACACACAUUUUGUGAUGAGUGCCUCCAAGCGUCAGUACAACACACUGGACCCAUGUGUCCUGUAUGCAAAGAUGUUUUUGGUGUGAUGGAGGGAGACCAGCCUGAUGGAGUAAUGACAUGGAGCUGUAGCUCUUCAUUCCUCCCUGGAUUCUCAGGCUGUGGCAGCAUAAUGAUCACAUACACUUUUCCUAAUGGAAAACAGACGAAAAAGCAUCCUAAUCCUGGACAACCAUAUCAGGGAACGACCAGAACUGCAUAUCUUCCAGACAACGAAGAGGGCCAAGAAGUUCUGAAACUCCUGAAAAAAGCUUUCGACCAGAAAAUGACUUUCACUGUUGGGACGUCCAGAACAAGCGGGUUGGACAACCAGGUGAUCUGGAACGAUAUUUCUCACAAGACAUCAAAGACAGGAGGACCGCAGAGUUUUGGAUAUCCUGACCCCAGUUACCUGAGCAAAGUAAAAGGGGACCUAAAAGCUAAAGGCAUAGAGUGACUCUGAGAGAGAGUGAUGAUUUAUUUUACAACUGAAAUUAACAAUAAAAAAAAUACUGGAAUAUUU